AUGACCGACAACACAAUGGAUGGAUUGCAAGUGAAUGCGCGCGUGGUCGCGUUGGGCGAGGACGACCGGGAUCGAGCAAUGAGUCCAGUAGAGCCAGUGCAGAUGCACUGCACAGGCGAAAAAGCCAUGAAACAUGCCCAUACCACGACGCGGCGGCUCACGAAGAUUGCGGGUCUUACUUUGUUUGUGACCAUCUUCCUCUUCUCCUUCUUUGGUUGGCCCAGCAAUGUGAUUGAGGAUGAGACCGUGCAUAGACAGAUUCUGGCCGCCCUCUUCCUGACUGGUAUCAUCCUAGUGGCUUUAGAGGAUGUGGUACGACUCGACAAGUCGGCGAUCAUGCUCGUGUUGGCCUCCGUGAUGUGGACGUACCAUGCAGCCAGCUGUCAUCCAACCCGUUCCGUCGAGGGACACGAGGAGUUCGCUUCAGAGUUGGGCAAGGGCUUGGAGGAUGUGGGGAAGGUGAUCCUGUUCCUUCUCCCAGCGAUGUGCCUAGUCGAGUCCAUUGACCACAUGAAAGGCUUUGCCGUGGUCACUCGUUUUAUCGUUCGCUGUACCAAGGAGAAGCCUGGUCGUUUGAUGCCCAUCGUUUGCGUGUUGGCCUUCUUCCUUAGCUCGGUGAUCGACAAUCUCACAGCAACCAUUGUGUGCAUCAAGAUUUUGCAGAGAGUGGUUCCUCACAAUCAGGACUGGCGCCACUCCUGCGGUGGUCUCGUGGUGGUGGCCGCCAACGCGGGUGGAGCCUGGAGUCCGAUCGGAGAUGUGACCACCACCAUGCUCUGGGUGCAGCACAAAAUCUCCACCGCAGGCAUUGUGAUUUGGCUCUUCUUGCCUUCCUUUGUCGCUGGAGUUGUUCCUCUCUUUGGUAUCUGGUGGCAGGCUAGACGCUGCGGCCCCAAGUGUGAAGAUGAAGCACCAGAGAUCGAUCCACCUGCCGCCAGCACAAAUAGCAAAGUCGUCUUGGUGUUUGGUAUCGUCUGCAUCUUGAUGGUUCCUGUGGUGAAGAUCGUCACCGGUUUGCCACCAUAUCUGGGGAUGAUGAUGGCCUUGGGCGUCUUCUGGUUGGUGUCGGAAAUGGCCGACUUGGCCUCAGAGGAGGAAGAAGAAGAUGAGGAGACCGGACAUCAGGUCGAGUUGCAUGGGCACAAGGUGGGCGUUCCCGCGGCCCUGCGAAAUGUGGACCUCAGCAGUUUGUUGUUCUUCACCGGAGUCUUGAUGGGCGUGUCUGCCUUGGAAUCUGCCGAGGUCUUGGCCAACUACUCCGAGUUCAUGCGUCGCGUGACCAAGGGCAGUGACAUGCUGCUGGCUGUGCGCAUCGGAGUGAGUUCGGCCGUGGUGGACAACGUCCCGUUGGUGCAGGCCUCCAUUGAGAUGUUCGAUGAGCCAAUGGACGACGAGCUGUGGCAGUUAGUUGCCCUCAGUGCCGGCACAGGUGGCUCCAUGCUGGCCGUGGGGAGUGUGGCAGGCGUCACGCUCAUGGGCCUGGAGAAGGUGGGCUUCCUGUGGUAUGCCAAACGCAUCUCCCCCUGGGCUGCAACGUGGUGGCAAGAUGGCGCUCCGAAACGCACAGCAACGCCACCCACCACGAAACCCAAGGCGCUUGGAUUCAUUCUGGCUUUGGGCACCUACCAACUUCAGCGCAUGAUGGUCAUGGACUCCACAGAUGCUCCAGAGAGAGCAGGUCGCAGUGCUUCUGCCAUCAGCGGUGCCAGCACGCCAAAGCGACUCGAGGAUUUGGGCGAGGCUGUGGUCUUGCCAGCGCUCAAGGCGCCAGGUGCUCCACCGCCGCUGCCCGAGAUGCCCACGGCCGGGCCCGGAGGACCGGAGUUGCAGCUGCCGAUGGAGUUCUUCUUGGAGGAAGAAGGUGAGACCGGCGACUUCCGGGAGACCGGCUUUUCAGCCGCGACCACGGCGACCGGCUUGCCACCGUUACCGGCACUGCGAGCAGGUGCGACGUGGCCAGAGGGGCCCUCUGCGACAACGGAGCGAGCCGUGGCAGCUGAGGCGCUGCAGCUGGAGCCGGUGGUGCGUCCACGGUGGCGCAGCCUCCUCUUGGAUCUCAGGAAUGGCAACUUGGAGGUCUACCACUUGAACCGCCUGGUGGCCUCGCUUCCCCCAACCCCCGGCAACGGCAACGGCAGCUGGCGCCGUGCGGCGGACGUGGUUUUCUCGGCAUGGCGCGUGGUGCCCGAUGUCGUGUCGUACAACUCGCUGAUGGCAUCCCUGCCGCGACGGCGCUGGAAAAGGGCGCUGCAGCUGCUGCAGUGGAUGGGGAUGACCCGGGUGGAGUCCGAGUUGAACCUGGUGGGCGUCAACUGCGCCCUGACCCUGGCAGCACACGGCAGCUGCUGGCAGCUGCUGCUGCAGCAGCUGAGCGGCGUGGCCAAUGGAGCCACAGCCAAUGCGUGGAUGGCGCACUGCCAGGAGCGUGGUGUUUGGGGCGAUGCGGUGCAGUGUCUCAGCCUGAUGCAGCAGCGGCAGCUGGAGACCAGCUGGCGCACGAGAAGAUCUGCUGUGGGAUCGUUGGGUCAGCAGAGCUGGCGUAAGGCCUACAGCAUUUUACAACUAAAAGUUCUGGCAGCGGAUGAUGAAGUGGGUGCUUGGCAUGCUGCAGCCACCAGCGCAGGACGUGCAGGCCAGUGGUUGGAAGCACUCAGACCAGUUCAAACGCUUCAAAGAAGGCGUUUGAAGCUGGACGUGAUUUCUUGGAACGUCUUGGUGGACGCCAUGGCUAAAGCUGAACGCUGGCAGAGAUCCUUGGAUUUUCUGCGCGAGAUGCGCCGGACGCAGAUCCGACCCAAUCACAACACGCGGAAUGGCAACAUCAGCGCGGCAGGUUGGCGCCUGGCGCAUCACCUGCUGCGCUUCGUCACCGGCGACGUCACGGUGGCCACCAACGCGGCGGCCGACGACACGCCGUGGCCAAAGGCGCUGCAGCAGUGGCGCACAGCACGGAGGAGGGGGAUCCAAGCCUCAAGCAUCAGCUUCAACAUCAUCACCGCGACAGCGUGUUGGCCACGCGCCUUGCAGCUGCAACGUUGCGCUGCUUGGGAAGGUGUGGCUGGUGAGAGCACACCCAGCAGGCAUGCCAUCAUUGGUGCCGUUGCUUCAGCACAUCUAUGGAGUCGGAUUCUGCAGUUCCUCGAGAACGCAGGGGCCAUUGGCUUUGUGACAGCCAUCGAAGCGUGCCGAGGCACUUGGCUCAGAGCCUGGCAACUCUUCGCAGCUUCGCCGGUGGCACCUGAUCGGAUGACCUGCGAUAUGGUGCCAGGGGAGGAACUGCAUAUUUCGAUAUAUUUCGAUAUAACCAUGAAAGAUAGGGGGUGUAUGGGGUUUUAA